GUCAGGAAUUACAGCUGUUACUGAGGAGCACGCGGCGCGGCUCUCGGGAGGGUGCCGAGGGAGCCGCAAACCAGGCUCUGCUCUCAGGCACUCCAAGCUCUGCUCUCACCCACCUCACGUCAGCACUGCCAUGGAGCCCAACAGCCCCAAAAAGAUCCAGUUUGCUGUGCCGCUGUUUCAGAGCCAAAUAGAUCCCGAAGCAGCCGAGCAGAUCAGGAAGAGAAGGCCUACGCCAGCAUCGCUUGUCAUCAUGAAUGAGCACGUGCCCCCAGAAAAAGAUGAGAAAAGAACAAACAUCUCACAGGCAGAAUGCCAGAGCUCAUCGCCAAAGCAGCGGAAGCAGAGCGUGUACACCCCACCUGCUCUCAAAGGGAUAAAGCAUCUGAAGAGUCAGAGUGAUUCAGCGUUCCCAGAGGAGGAAGAGGGAAUCGGUGAAAGAGAAGAGGAAUGGGACCACUAAGCCAUGCAAGUCUGCUUGGGGGCCAGGUACCGCGAUGUGACACUGCGUGUGUGUCCCACUAUUCACCACCACUUAUGUUCCCACACAGCAGGGUGUGCUGGGGGCACACCUUGACUGGGCUUUAUGGCCACCUGCAAAUCCGUUCUUUGAGCCUUAUACCCAGAGAUAAAAUGGUUGUUUUAACGUCACUCUUCUUUUGUUUUCUAUGACGUAGAAAUGUCGUUGCAAACAUGGUAGAUCUGAUGGCAGCACUGCCAAAGCUUAACUUCUGCGUGUGAGCUGUGUUCUAAGACCUGUUGUAAAUAAAUCCCAUCUAAGAGCUACAAAAUAAAUAAUAUGUUCUUUAGACAAGACUGUAUGUUGUACCGUGGGUUUGUCUAGCUUGUGGAGGAGUGUUUGUAUAGAAUGACCCCAUCAGUUAAGGGCUGCUUUUACCAGUAAUGUUAGAGUGACCUGCAGUAAUGCAGACAGGAACAAAAUAAGCAGAGGUGCCUCUUCAGUCCAAUGGAGAAGUAUGCAAAGAUGUUCUUUGGUGUCUCCCAGGUACACAACAGUUAAAAUACUUUUCUGGCUUUAAGAUUAACUGUACUGUUGUAUUAGCUAAGUUUGAUACAAAGACUUAACUUUCCACUGACUUUAGUCAAUCUCAGAGAGCUGAGGUAGCAAAAAAAAAUUAAAAAAUAAAAAAAAUCCCCAGGCAUAUGAAAACACAGAACCUUCUGUCUAUGCCUUGCAUGAUGAUUUCAUUCACAGCUUGAGCUCUUCCAUGCAGACUUGCAGAGAAAGGGAUCUGUUAACAAGUGUUCCUUUGUAGUUGGGAGCCAUCUUGUUGCCCUCCAUCUGCACUGCAGUAUCUGUCCUCUUUGUCACCAUUAUUGCAGUCAGCUUCUGUGACUCUAGCUCUGUUCAGCUGCACAGGAAGAACUAAAAGGACUCUUCAGUUGGGCAGGAACAUCUACAGGGCUGAGGCCUUUUUGUGCUACAAACAAGGAAAGGAGGGAAGUGACCCUUCAUAAAACAUCUGAACAGGCCAAAGUCAAGACUGGAAUGGUAUCAAGAGGAGCUGGGCUCUGCUCCCAGCUUUGUCACGACUUUGAUUUUGCACUGUGCCAGGCUCUUCACUUAACCCUGGCUGCAGCAGUAAAAUGGUGACCAAUAUAGAGGCAUUCUGUUACUGGCUGAUAAAACAAUUUGUAUUAAUUUUUGCUGGUUAUUAGUACCCAGAGGCUCCACGUGAGAGGUAUCUAUGGGCCAAAGGAAUAAAACAUGCAGAAGUUGUAAUAGACGAUACAAACACAAGGCACUUUGGGACUUCAGCGUUUCAGAGGCAGCACAAAACACCUGAUAAAUAUAGAGAGAAUUCAUUACAAAUAGCUUGUUUCAGGAUCACUGUUGGACUGAAGGAUGAUUACACUUUAUGAAUUGGAUUUAUAAAUUAGAUUCCAUUUGAACCAGAUCUGAACGCAUUGCAGAGCUGUUAAUGCAGUGAUGAGAGAACAAGAAGCCUGUUUAACAACCCUUAUCUGGAUGAAGCUCCAUAGUUUGAUAAGGGCCUCAGAUAGCCACGCCUCAAUUUGAAUGCUUUUCUAAAUGCAGAUCUCUUAUCACCUCCCUCAUCUCUAAAUAUUCCAGCUGUGUUAUAUCAUUUUAAAAGCCUGUUGCUUUCUAUCUGUCCUGACCCAGGGUUAUGCACACAGCACGUCUGAGUGUAGGAACAGACUGAUCAUUUUUGAAGAAGUGACAGGACUUGUUCCUCAGAAGAUUCUGUGGGUCCACGUCACCAUUUGCUGGUGUUAACCUCACCUAAAGGAUAUGGAUAGAAUGCACAUUUUUCUGUAUGACAACAAUUUUAAAUCAAAGAAUUAAGCAAACUGUCUGAUCUUCCACCUGAGAGGUAUACCAUAAGGAUGGCUACAAGGAAAGAGAGAAUAAAACAUCAGAGCCCAGAAAAACAGAAGAAUACCCAGCUAAGUGCUUACCAUGGAGCAGAGCUGUAGAACUGCAGUGACUUAUCAUUGAACCCCAAGACAGAAAUGUCCAGGAAGACAGAAAAUGUGAUCACAUGGCAUGUGUGGGACAACGGGUGGAUCAGGUACAGCUAGCAUGGGUUCAUGAAAGGAAGGUCUUGCUUGACCAACCUGAUGUCCUAUGAUUGACCCGUUUGGUAGAUGAGGGAAAGGCUGCUCACAUAGGUCUACCUAGAGUUCAGCAAAGCCUUUCACACUGUCUGCCACUGUGUUCUCCUAGAGAAACUGGCUGCCCAUGGUUUGGACAGGUACACUUUUUGCUGGGUAAGGAACCAGCUGUGGUGGUGAGUGGAGAUAAAUCCAACUGGCAACUUGUCACAAGUGGUGUUCCUUAUGAAUCAGUAUUGGAGCCUGUCCUGUUUAAUAUCUUUAUUGAUGACCUGGAUGAGGGGUUGGAGUGCACCCUCAGUAAAUUUGCAGAUGACACCAAACUGUCAAUCUGCCUGAGGGUAGGAAGGCCCUACAGAAGGAUGUGGACAGGCUGGAUCACUAGACUGAGAGCACAAAAGGUAUGAGGAGAGGCUGAGGGAGCUGGGAUUAUUUGGUCUGGACAAGAGGAGGCUCGUGGGAGACAUUAUCGCUCUCUACAACUACCUGGAAAGAGUUUGUGGCAAGCUGGGGAUUGGCUUCUUCUCUCAGGUAACAGCAAUAGGAUGAAGGGGAAUGACCUUAAGUUGUGCUGGAGGGUGGUCAGGUUGGAUACUGGAAAGAAUUUCUUAACAGAGAGCUUCUCCUACACUUUGGGUGCAAUCGAAAGCUCUGGCUAUCUCGCAGUAUGAUCAGCUUUAUAGAGUCUUAAAUAAACCAUGCAGAUCUCUUUGCAAUGGUGCAAAAUACUGUAUGCAGUCAAAACGGGCAACAGAGAUAGCUUUGAUCUGUUUCUAGCAAUGCAGAGAGACUGGCAAGGGGAAGGAAGAAAAUUAUUAAAAUAAAGAGCACCUGGGCAAUCCUUCACCUUUGCCAUAGGGAUUCAUUUCUUUAGAGUAGCAAUUUUUUGAGUAGUUUUUGUAGUUUACUUUUAAAUACUCCAGAAAAUUUAAUAUUGUUUAAAAUCUGCUUUUCAAAACAAAACAGGAUGUUGUUGGGCAAUUUUCCUACGGAAAUCUUUGUUCACCCUCCAUCAAUGUUGUUUCCAUGUUAUUAUUACUCGGUUUGACCUGCCUGAGAAAAGUCAGAUGGUGGCACUGCUGGAGAGCUGAGAACUGGAGUUGAUGGAUCAGGUAGAACACAGCAAGUUCCUUGAGCACCUUUCAAGAUGCUAAAUAUUAACAAUCACUAUAAACAUUUCUACUCUUUCACUUGCUCAGAAACACAGAUGAUUUCUGCAUGCUUGUGGUGUGAGAGUUGACAAAAGAAAAUUCAAGUAACACUUUUAGAGAUGGAUUGUAUUAGCCCAUUGUUCCGUGAUUGAACUGAUGGAGAAAGAAAGAAGAGGUUGAAAAAAAAAAAAAAAGGCAAGUAAUGAAUAUAAUUCUUUUUUAAUGAGCAACUCUGAUUUGUUGUUUUUCUUCUCAUCUCUCAUCAUGUUCUUAUGUUCUAUGGCCUUUCUGUGCUGCUGUUCUUCCUUUCAAGAUAUUGCAGGAAGUGACAUUUGCAGAAUGAUGGCUACAGCAAGAUUUGAAAGAAAACUGUCUCUUUGGACUGAUUUCAGCUUUUUCCCAGAAUCCCACAGCUCAUUAAUGUGCAGCAAUUUAAAGGAGCUUUGUUAUUGCAUUUUACAGCCUUAUUUCUUUUUUCUUGUGUUAUACUUGUUAUUCCAUGACAGAUUCUUCACUUUGAUUUAUUGAGACAUUGUGCUAAUAAGUUUGUUGGAAAAAUUCCACGACUUGACUUACAGGAUGGUAUGUGUUGUUUAUUCUCCAGGUGCAAAAGCAGAUAAUACUUAAGUAGAUACAAAGUAAGAGCCAAGAUUUAAAAGUCAUUUCUAAAGUGUAAUUUCCACUGAAGUCAGAGGAACUGUGUUCAAAAAUGACCACAGGUUUUGGCUGACAGUGUCCUUUCUUUUGGAAAAGUAUGGUGUGCUGUGUACAGAAAACUUCCUGUCAUCCUACUGUCAGUUUAAGUACUAAAUCUCUUGCAAUAUUUUAAGAACUACCCCAGUCUUCUCAAAGUGUUGUUAGUUGUCUGCAAUGAUGUGAACUGGAAAAGGCUCUGAUUAGCUACUUUGCUAGACAAAAAUUACCACUCAUUAUUCUGCUGCUGAUGCUAUUGAACCUAUAUCUACAGAUCUAGCACGACAGGGCUGGGCCGCUCUCUGGAGAAGGGGUAUCUGUCUGCCCAGCCUGGGUAGGCUCCAGUGCUGUUGGGUGGGAAGGGACUGACGUGUGGCCCUGCAUGCUCUAGGGCCUCCACUGUGCAAGUUUGGUGCCUGGUACCAUGCAAAUGAGUUCGGUGCAAGCCCAGCUCA